UGAAAUUCGAAAUCUUAGAAACUUGAAUUACAUAGAUCCAGAUGCCUUUAAGAACCUUCCACUUUUGAAAUACCUUGGUAUUUUUAAUACUGGACUCAAAGCAUUUCCAGAUCUCACCAAAAUCUACUCAUCUGAUGUAAACUUUUUACUUGAAAUCGCAGAUAAUCCUUUCAUGACUUCAGUGCCUGCAAAUGCUUUCCAUGGGCUUUGUAAUGAAUCUCUAACUCUCAAACUCUACAAUAAUGGUUUUACAAGCAUCCAAGGCCAUGCUUUUAAUGGGACAAAUCUGGAUGCUAUCUAUCUGCACAAGAACAAAUACCUGGAAGUUAUCAAUGACGAUGCAUUUCUGGGAGUGCACAGUGGACCAACUCUACUGUGA